AUGGUAGAGGGCAGGGAGCUACGGAAGCUUCUGGAGCCGUGGAGGGUGCUGGACUUCAGCAGCCCCUUCUUCUCCACCAGCCUGGGCAUCAUGGUGCGCGCCCGGGACACGGCCUCGCCCAUCGGCGCCUUCACGUGGCCGCUGCACUGGUCCAUGUGGCUGGGCGUCUUCGCGGCCCUGCACCUCACCGCGCUCUUCCUCACGCUGUACGAGUGGCGCAGCCCCUACGGCCUCACGCCCCGCGGCCGCAACCGGGCCACCGUGUUCUCCUACUCCUCGGCGCUCAACCUCUGCUACGCCAUCCUGUUCGGACGCACGGUCUCCAGCAAGACGCCCAAGUGCCCCACGGGCCGCUUCCUCAUGAACCUGUGGGCCAUCUUCUGCCUGCUCGUGCUGUCCAGCUACACGGCCAACCUGGCCGCCGUCAUGGUCGGGGACAAGACUUUCGAGGAGCUGUCGGGGAUCCAUGACCCCAAGCUGCACCACCCGUCCCAGGGCUUCCGCGUGGGCACCGUGUGGGAGAGCAGCGCCGAGGCCUACAUCAAAAAGAGCUUCCCCGACAUGUACGCGCACAUGCGGCGCCACAGCGCGCCCACCACGCCCCACGGCGUCUCCAUGCUCACGAGCGACCCCCCCAAGCUCAACGCCUUCAUCAUGGACAAGUCGCUCCUGGACUACGAGGUCUCCAUCGACGCCGACUGCAAACUACUGACCGUGGGCAAGCCUUUCGCCAUGGAGGGCUACGGCAUCGGACUCCCUCAGAACUCGCCGCUCACUUCCAACCUGUCCGAGUUCAUCAGCCGCUACAAGUCCUCCGGCUUCAUCGACUUGCUGCACGACAAGUGGUACAAGAUGGUGCCUUGUGGGAAGCGCGUCUUCGCCGUUACCGAGACGCUGCAGGUGGGCAUCUACCACUUCUCGGGACUCUUCGUGCUGUUCUGCCUGGGCCUCGGCAGCGCCCUGCUCAGCUCUCUGGGGGAGCACGUCUUCUACCACCUGGUGCUCCCGCGCAUGCGAAGAGGCAACAGGCUGCAGUACAGGCUGCACACCAGCCAGAGAAUCCACCGCGCGCUCAACACAGAGCCUCCGGAAGGUCACGAGGAGCCAGAGCCGAGGGCUCCCGAGCAGCAGCAGGACACGCCCACGGCCUCUGCAGGCCCCGGUGAGCUGGAGCAGCUGGAGCGGCGCAUCAGGAGCGCGCGGAAGCGGCUCCACCAGGCCCUGGUGCGGCGCCGAGAGCUCCUGGCCCAGCUCGGGGAUGGCCCCGGCGACCAGCCUCUGCACCUGCCCGAAGCCCGCUCCGAAGCAGCCGAAGCACCUGAAGUCACGGGUGACUCAUCCCAGGGAACGCCCCCCCCACCCCUGCCGGCCUGGACGGGGUGGCCCCCACUCCGGAGCCUGCACAGAAGCCAUCCUGGCGCGACGGGAGGAAGCACGGAGGCCCCUCCCUGA